AGCUUAUAAUCACUCACUCACUCACAGGAACUGACUAUUCUCUCCGAAGAUGAGUAAUGAACCGUCUUUCUGGCGUUUUGCUACAUUUAAUUUUCUCCUCUACUUCUUCCUCCUUUGGCUGCUAAGUUCCCAACUGAUCAAGUUUCAGAUUGUCGCUGAUCAAUUCUUGUACGACGAUGAUGUUUCAGCUCUGGAAAAAAUAGCAUAUGAUUUGGGUUGGACAGUAGAAGGAGGUUUUAACAAUGAGACAUGCAACGUCACCAGUUCUCAUCAUGUUGCGGCCAUAAAUUGUAACUGCUCCUUCGAGAACUCCACCCGUUGCCGCAUCAAUGAGAUUUCAUUGAUCAGUCGAGGUUUGACCGGAAUAAUACCUGUGGAAUUGGCCAAUCUUACAUAUCUACAAAGUCUUGAUCUUGCUUACAACGAACUUCAUGGUAUUAUACCCGCUGAGUUGGGAAAUUUAAAGUUUCUCUCGGAAAUCGAUCUGUCAGAUAAUAAAUUGACCGGGAAAAUUCCAGAUACUCUUGGGAAUUUGAUUCCUCAACUUAGGAACCGGUCAGAAGUAGCGUCGCAGGGGUUCCUAACGGCAGGCAUGCCCAACAAGGCGGGUGCCGCAGACUUUUCGGGCGGAACCUAUAAGGUUUCGCAGGGUGAGCACACCGGUGGCAUCGGGGGGUCGGAUCUAUGUGCUAUGUUCAACUUGGAUCUCUCAAAUAACCAACUGGUUGGGCCCAUACCCGAAUCCCUUGGAGACAUACCCAUGAAUGAAAGCUUGGGCAAAUUUAAUCCUAAUUGCUCGGACUUUUCCAUUUCUUUAUCAGACAAUCGAUUGAGUGGAGAUAUACCAGCAAGUCUCGGGAAAUUGAAGUUCCUUAACACCCUCGCUUUGCAAAACAACUUGUUGAAUGGGUCUAUACCACCUUCUUUGGGUGAAAUUUCGCAUCUGAACACUCUGGACUUGAGUGAGAAUAACCUUAGUGGUAAUCUUACCGAGACACUUGGAAAUUUGAGUUCACUAUCAUCCCUCUAUUUGUAUUCCAAUAAUUUCACUGGUCCUUUGCCGAAGAGUUAUGGCCGACUUUCCGACCUCCAAUCAUUUUCAAUAUCUGGGAAUUCUUUAUCCGGUCCUUUCCCCGACUUCAUUACUAAUUGGACUUCUAUCAGCACACUCGAGCUCUAUGGAAACAACUUUCAGGGCAGGAUACCUCCAGAAAUAUUUAAUUUGUCAACACUAUAUUCUCUCAUGAUAAGUGAUGUAUCGCACUCUUCUUUCCAAUUCCCACAGAUUUCAAACCUAUCCGGCAUAACUUAUCUGGUAAUGAGAAACUGCUGGAUCAGUGGUGAAAUUCCUGAAUACCUUUUUAAUGUGUCAUCAUUAGCAUAUUUAGACUUGAGCUUCAACAACUUAACUGGAGGCAUCCCACAUCAUUUGAAUUUGACCCGGUUACAAAGCUUAAAGUAUAUGUCUCUUGCAAAUAAUAAGCUUAAAGGGACAAUUCCAGCUUGGAUUGGUGAUGCUAAUUGGAAUAUUACGAUAGAUCUUUCCUACAACAACUUUUCAAACUCAAGCUUCGAAUUACAGACGAGAAGAGAUUUGAACUUCUUUCGAUGCUGUGACCAACCCAUUGGGCCAAAUAUGGAGACUAAUUUGAAGCAAAUGACAGAGGAAAGGUGUCAUGGAAGGAAACAUCAGAAUUCAUUGUUCAUUAAUAGUGGUGGUGAGGACAUAGGCAUUGAUGGGCACCAAUAUGACAGUGAUAACGAAACAUCACAAUUUUUUGUAAGCCCAAAAGGAAACUGGGCUUAUAGCAGUUCUGGAGGCUUUUUAUCAACAUUUUGGAAUUCCAGCGAAUAUAUCCAAAGAGUGAAAUGUGGAAUUUCUGUAGCUGAUGCGCCUCUAUAUGAAAAGGCUCGACUCUCUCCUGCCUCUCUAAAGUAUACUGGAUUUUGUCUGCGUAAAGGUCGUUACAAUAUCACACUUCAUUUUGCUGAAAUUGUUUUUACUGAAGAUGAAGACUUCAGCACUUCAAUGAAACGGAUUUUCAAUGUCGAUAUACAGGGUGACAGGCGAUUAACAGAUUUCAACAUCAAAGACAACGCAGGUGGUCCAAAAGAAAAAAUAACAAAAAGUUAUACGGCAAGUGUCAUUGAUGAUGGUUUGUUGGAGAUCCACUUGUACUGGGCUGGAAAAGGGUCCUCGCUUGGUACAACUCCUUUUAAUGGGCCUCUUAUCUCGGCCAUCACUGUAACUGAAAUCAAAGGUAAGAAACUAUCUCCUCUACAAAAAGCAUUGAUUGCAUUGGCAUCAAUAGUAUUCGCUGCGCUACUUCUGUUGGCUUCGGCUUGGGCAAUGGGCUGGUUUGGAAAAGAAGAGCUUCAUGAAAUAAAUAUAGGUCAAGAGAAGCCUGUCACCCUCAAACAGUUAAAAAAUGCCACUGGAAAAUUCAGCAAAGAAAUGGAGAUUGGUAAAGGGAGCUCCGGGACAGUCUAUAGGGCUCAACUCACGCCAGAAUAUAAUGUAGCUGUCAAAAGGGUUUUCAUUAAUUCGAUUGAAGGGAUCAACAAAACAAAAAGUGAAUUUUAUAACAGCUUACAAAAAUUGGCACAUGAAAAUCUGGUUCGACUAUUUGAUGUCUACGUUGGAAAGGGCGUGUAUUUGCUCAUAUACGAAUAUAUGGAAAACAGAUCCCUUCAAGAUGUCUUGUUUGGCGAAUUAAAAUCCAAGAUCACACUAGACUGGGAGGCCAGAUAUAACAUAUGCCUGGGAAUAGCGAGGGGUUUGAAGUACCUACAUGAAGAGCAUCCUAGAGGACCUGGAUUCAAGAUGGUUCAUAGGGGUAUUAAACCUGCUAAUAUCCUUCUUGAUGGUGCCCUAAAGGCUAAAAUAUCAGAUUUCGGGAAUUCAGUCCUUUAUGCAGAGGAUUACCAAGAGAAUCAAUUCGAUAAGGUCACGAAAGAAGAAGCAUCAAGCGGGUAUGUAGCGCCUGAGUACCUUAUGUAUGGAACCAUAUCAUAUAAAUAUGAUGUUUAUGGUUAUGGGGUGGUUAUACUCGAAAUUGUUUGUGGGAGGAGAAAUGCAGAACAAAGAUUGAACAAGGAUGAGCUCGAGUAUCUUGUAGAUGAGGUUGUUGUAGCAAAUUCACAAGGAAGGCUCCGUGGGAUGGUGGAUAAAAAUUUGGUGGGGUAUGAUGAAAAAGAAGCCAUGACAAUUCUAAAGUUAGCAGUGAGGUGCAUCAAUAUAUCCACCAGUUUCAGGCCCACAAUGUCUGAGGUUGUGAGUGUUCUGACAGGUGAGAAAACUAUUGACGAUAUUUGGAAGCCUGACUCCACUCAGAAUCUUUGCCAAAACUGUUUAAAAUCUCUACGUGAAGAUGAUGGUGUUGUAGAGCUUCCGCGCGCCUAGCUUUUUCUGGUGAUUAAUGUGCAAUGAAAGUGUACUGUUGUUGAUUGUGUGUGUUGUUGUACUAAAUUUCAUGUAAGAAAGUGUGAAUUCACUACUAGCACUGAUGGUGUGUGACACAGAGAGUGUCAAAAAAUAAAGAAUGUGUUUGUGAAAGUUUAAAAAGAUAGCAAGUGUGAAGAAAGCAAGAAAGACUAAAGUUGAAGUAACCAGGGACAGAAACAAGUGAAGUGAGGUCCAUUUGGUGCUCUUGCUUGUAUUGUGAGUGUAUGUUAGCAAUUAAAUUGUGUAUUGUGCUAUUGUAAAAUAAUUUGAAUCCAAUCGCUUGUGAUUUGAAUUUAAACCUAUCUCAUAGAAAUGUACAAUUACCAUGUACAACAUGCUUUCUUGAUCA